CCCUGUGAAGCAUGUGCUUUGAAUUGUGGGAAGGACAUGUCUGCGCCCUGUCCAUUUUACCUAAAUGUGACAUUCAAUUUGUCCGAUUUAUGAACAGAACCUAAAACAGUGGACUAUCUCGCAUUGAAAAUAACUUUUGAAGAUGUCGGAAAACAUUCGGAAGGAUAGCGUCUCGGGAAAGGCGCUCAGCAGAGCGGUGAUCAGUGAAAUGUUAUUGGAGAAUUUCGACAGACUGCCUGACAUUGACAAGAAGCUCUUCGCGUAUGGAGGCUUUUAUUUGGCGGGAAACGCCGGUAUCGCCGGGCUGAUAGCCAACAGCUUCUAUCGCAGAGUCUUGAACGUGUCUCAGGCGCGGAUCACCUCCAGCCUGCCGAUGGCCGCGCUGCCUUUUCUGACAACAGUUGCGCUGUAUACCGCAACGGUGUCCAGCCCCCUUUUGGCCGGAGACCUCAACUGUCCUACGUGCGUGCUGAUGCGGGGUGCCCUUGUUGGCGUGGUCGGUGGCGCCGUGUACCCCAUCCUCCUGGCCUUACCCAUGAACGUAGGCCUCGCAUCCAGGUACAGCACAGCCCCGAUGCCGGAGAAGGGCAACAUGCUCCGGUACUGGGUGGACAUCUCCAGACCGGUCCUGAGGAAGAUGAGGGCGGUGUUUCUGCUGCAGGCCCUUUUCGGCACCUACUUGAGCAGGAGGCACUUUGAAACCUACACCAAACUCGCUGAGAUAACAUUUGGCCCAGGAGAAGAGCACGUUGAAGACUGAACUUCAAAAUAAACACGUUUGUAUUGAUUAUGCCUGGAUUAUGUUUGAGAUUUUUCCAGAGUUACAAAGAUAUAUGUGUCUAAACAGCUGGUAUGUAAAAUCUGACUCCAAAAUUCUGUUUUUCUUUGAAAGUCUGGUUCUUUUAGGGAUGUGCGUCACACCGCUAGAUGGCAGUGUUGUCUGCUUAUGUAUUUGUCGAAUUCUAACUCCCGUCUAAUUAUGCGCGUAGUAUUAAAUGCAGACUGCCUAAAUGUAUAUUUAAAAUAGAAAUGUACAUAAAAGUAAUGCAGUCGAACCCAGCAUAAACAGACUCAACAGCAGGCAUUUGUUUAAGCAUGGUCUACCUUUAUUAAAGGGGUUUUAAGAACCAG